UUAAGGAUAUAAAUGACGCUGGGAUUUCAGAUCAUUUUCCUAUUUCCUUUGAUAUUGGUUUAUCUGCCGCUGGACCGCAGUCUGGAGCUCUUUCUCGUCCGCUAUGUGUACUCAGCUCUGAAGCUGUGUCAAAGUUUGCUGUGUCUUUUUUAGAUUUGGCAUUUAUGAUUCCUGAAUGCUGCUCAGUUCGCUCAUCUGAUGGUUAUGCUCAUAUUUUGUUAUCUUUUUGCUGUUCUAUUCUUGAUUCUGUUGUUCCCAUCAAAAUGAAGCGCCCUAGAACCUACUCUCAUUGCUGGCUAAAUUAUACUACACCUGCUUUACAACGUGUUUGUUGCCGUGAUGAGAGGAGGUGGAAAAAAGUCACUAAUUAAAAAUCAACUGAAGCGAUACAGAGGGAAACCCAGCGGCGUCUUCGCCUUUCUCUCCACGUCUGAGCCCCGGUGCGCUAAGGAAAGAAAGGCAGCACAGUCACUAUUCUUUUAGGGAGUUGCUAUUCAGUAGAGGGGAUAAGUCAAAAGACUUACCCCGGGUGGGCAGAGCUCUCAACUCUGCCCGCUGCUUCCUUAUGACCGACCAAUCGACACCGGCCCGCUUCGCCGCCUCCAAUUCCUUUCAGACACAAGCUGGGCCUUCCGUUGCUAGAGCAGUCGGACUGCUCUGCGUCCUUGCUUGUCCGCACUCUAUCCUCCUGGCUCGCUUCCUGCCAAGCUCUCCCAGCCUCUCCACGGGCUUGCAGGCGCCGCUGCCUGACACUAUUCACUGCGCCAUCUCUGCCGCUCUGUCUCUGCCUCACUGCCUGUCAGUAGUCUGUAGGCCCUCUUAUUCACCUCUGUGCCCUUCCAGGUGUAUCGGAUUUGUGAUUGGAAGUGGGCGGAGUCUCUCCAGGGGAAGUUAAUAUGUUCAAUAAAACAUGCAACAUAAAUAAAACACUCCACAGAAAUAUAACCAAAACAUGCAAUACAGAAAAUAUAAAUAAAGACACUCCACACUGAAACACAGUAAAAAUACAAAAAAUAACUUCCAAAUAGAGUCAGUCCUUCCCUGGAUGACACAUGGUUAACCUGACAGUCACUGGUAAGCUGAGUGUGUGGAGUUAGUGUUGAUGAAGCUGUGUGUAAAUGGAUGAAAUGCUGUAGUUUGUCUCUGUGUUGAGGUGGAUCAGUGAUCCUGCAGAGUCCUGUCCUCCCUGUGAUGGAGGGAGAUGACGUCACUCUGCUCUGUAAAACAAAGACCACUCCCUCCAACCUCCCAGCUGCUUUCUAUAAAGAUGGCUCCCUCAUCAGGAAGCAGCCUACAGGUCACAUGACCAUCCAGCAUGUUUCCAGGUCUGAUGAAGGCCUCUACAAGUGUGACAUCAGCGGUCAUGGAGAGUCUCCAUCAGGGGCGAUUCUAGGGUUAGAGCUUUGGGGGUGCUGAGCACCCAGAGAGCAGCCCAGCCAGAUAAAGAAGAUGGAGACGAUGACAUCACCAGUGACACCACAAACAGUUAUGAUACAUCAUCAAAUCAACAACAACAUCCAUUCAAACGAACCAGAGAGACUGAUUCAGCUGUGAUCUACUCAGCAGUGAGAACUGAAGACGUCAGUUAUGGACAAACAACCAUCAGAACAAGGAGGCCCAGCUGAGUAACAGGAGGAGAAGAGUCUGGUGGUGCAGCAGAGGAACAAUUUCAGCCAUUUGGACUCAGCUCAGCCACUACAGAGGAAAGAAUGACUUCAACACAAAAGGACCAACAUGGAGCAAGAAGUCAGCGCUCUCAGGAGGCCGACAAACCUCACAGAAGAAAGGGAGAGAAAACCUACAGCUGUGAUGAGUGUGGGAAGGAUUUUACCCGGAAUGACAGCCUAAAAGCUCACCAAGUCAUCCACAGUGGAGUUAAACCUUACAACUGUGACUUAUGUGGGAAGGAUUUUACCCGGGCUCAAAGCCUAAAAAAACACCAAGUCAUCCACAGUGGAGUUAAACCUUACAGCUGUUACUUGUGUGGAAAGUCUUUUAACCGGGCUGAAAACUUAAAAACACACCAAGUCAUCCACAGUGGAGUUAAAGCGUACAGUUGUGACUUGUGUGGAAAGUCUUUUACCCUGGCUCAAAGCCUAAAAACACACCAAGUCAUCCACAGUGGAGUUAAACCUUACAGCUGUUACUUGUGUGGAAAGUCUUUUACCCAGGCUGAAAACUUAAAAACACACCAAGUCAUCCACAGUGGAGUUAAAGCGUACAGUUGUGACUUGUGUGGAAAGUCUUUUACCCUGGCUCAAAGCCUAAAAACACACCAAGUCAUCCACAGUGGAGUUAAACCUUACAGCUGUGACUUGUGUGGAAAGUCUUUUAACCGGGCUGAAAGCUUAAAAACACACCAAGUCAUCCACAGUGGAAUUAAAGCGUACAGUUGUGACUUGUGUGGAAAGUCUUUUACCCUGGCUCAAAGCCUAAAAACACACCAACUCAUCCACAGUGGAGUUAAAGCUUAUAGCUGUGACUUGUGUGGAAAGUCUUUUACCCUGGCUGGAGACUUAAAAAAACACCAACUCAUCCACAGUGGAGUUAAAGCGUACAGUUGUGACUUGUGUGGAAAGUCUUUUACCCAUGCUCAAAGCCUAAAAAUACACCAACUCAUCCACAGUGGAGUUAAAGCUUACACAUGUGACCUGUGUGGAAAGUCUUUUACCCUGGCUCAAAACCUAAAAACACACCAAGUCAUCCACAGUGGAGUUAAAGCUUACACCUGUGACUUGUGUGGAAAGUCUUUUGCCUGGGCUCAAAGCCUAAAAACACACCAAGUCAUCCACAGUGGAGUUAAAGCCUACAGCUGUGAGUUGUGUGGAAAGUCUUUUACUGUGGCUCAAAACCUAAAAACUCACCAAGUCAUCCACAGUGGAGUUAAACCUUACAGCUGUGGGUUGUGUGGAAAGUCUUUUGCCCGGGCUCAAAGCCUAAAAACACACCAAGUCAUCCACAGUGGAGUUAAAGCCUACAGCUGUGACCUGUGUGGAAAGUCUUUUACCCUGGCUCAAAACCUAAAAACUCACCAAGUCAUCCACAGUGGAGUUAAACCUUACAGCUGUGGGUUGUGUGGAAAGUCUUUUAACCAGGCUGCACAGUUAAAAAAACACCAACUCAUCCACACCAGAAAGUAACUCUACUAGUGCAGUUACUGUGAGAAGUGGAGCAAAGCACAUGGAUCCAGUUCUCAACCCUGUCGUCACUGUGGUGGUGGGAAAGAGUUUCUCUGUGACCUUUGUGGAAAAACUUCAUUCAUCAACGGGACCAAAAAAACACAUCAACGUAGCCACACUGGAGACAAAAUGAACUACUGCAAAGAAUGUGGGAGAGGCUUCCACACGCCAAGUACAUUAAAAAUACACGAACUCUUCUACAGUGGGGUCAAAAAGCACAUCUGUGACCAGUGUGGGUCAUCCUUCACCACUGGACAUGAGCUCAAUGAAAAAGCAUAAGCGAAUCCACACAGAAUAGACACCAUACAAGUGCAGACACUGUGACAAAAGCUCACAAUCAGGUCAUCGUAACAAACAUGAACGUACACACAUGGAAGUGAACUUCACCUGUGACCAGUGUGACAAGAGCUUCAGGAAUCUCAGUUCAUACUCCGAACACAAACGAUCCCACACUGUAAAUAAACUGUUUCACUGUUACCAAUGUGCAAAAACAUUCACUUCAUUAUCUGCUCUGUGCAAACAUCAGCCUGAUCAUGCAGGACUGAAAUCACUGGAUCACAAUGAAUCUGAAGAGAGAGAAAGAUCCUCUUCUGGUUUCAGGUCAGACUUAAAAACCUUGAGAUCAGGCUCCACAGGGUUCAAAUGGAAUCUCCUGUAAAGAGUGUCAGCUGAUGUCACACUUGGAUCUGAUGAGGUAGCUCUGAUUUCUGGAGCUGCAGUGAAUAAUCCUGAAUGUUACAUUUAGGAAGCUGCAUGUAUAGAUAUGCAUAUCAAGUUUAUGUUUUUUCCUUUGAGGGAUUUGAAUUCUCUAAAAUGUUAUCCCUGUUACAUUUUAUUCUUUGUUCCCUUAGGACACAGUAGUGUUUAGUAGUUGUAUUCGUGUUAUGUGUUACCUAAGUUAAAUUUCAAUCCUUCAUUCAUAUUUAAACUUUUGCUGUGGUAAUCCCUUCUCUUAAAUCAUUUUCUCCCAAAACUGCAAAUAUUUUCACAGCAGUUGCUCUUAAAACUUCCCAAAUGAACUACAUCUGUCCACCAGCUUUGAAACAACACCUGCUGUGACUUUAUGUCCAGAAAAAAGAAACUCAAGCUAAACUGGUUUUGGGCUGUACUUCCAUAUAAUGCCAGUUUGUACCAGAAGAUGAAGCAGUGAGUCAGUGUAACCUUUAUUUAAUUAGGCAAAGAACACAUUCGUAUUCACAGUGGCAGCAAAGAAAUGUUGAAAGGUAAAAACAGCAGCACACAUCAGGACCAUUUUAAAGAUCACAGGUGACUUUUACUUAAUUCAAAUUCCUUCAAAUUUUGGCUCCUCCUUUCACUUUAGUGUAUUUACUGUAUCCUUGAAGUCCACGUGUUGUUUUUUAAUGAAUUCAUUUUGAUCCACAUGUUCUGCAGCUGUUUUCCUGUUGAUUUGAAGUUUGUAUUAUGAAA